GACAGGCACAGAAGACAGGACGGACAGGAUUACCUUUUGCAACAGAACGAGAACAUUUUCGAAAAACGUGUGAGAUUGUAGCUACUUAGUUCAACAAACUGUUUCGUGUAUAAAGCGUAUAAAGUCUUUGCUUGUUUUCCCUAGCUUGAGCCGUUUCAUAUACUAUUUUUUGAUGUACGGCGUAUGCAUAUACCAUUCCAAUCACUUUCUCGCUGGUAUAUCUGUAGAAAUCGUCAUUUCUUUCGUAAUAUGGAUUGUAUAAACCUUCGACCACCUACCGCAGUCAAUGGAAUGACCAUGCUCGACAAAUGUGCUUUUAGAAAACAAGUUAGUGUGCCUCAUUUAAGUGUCCCAGAAACGGAAAAUUUUAACAAAAUUUGCCAGAGCGUAAAAAAGUUCAUGCUAAAAAUGGAACACUUUAAGCCAGUAAAAGCAGAGGAACAUAAAAUUAUUUUGCACCCUCUGAUUAUAAAGAACUGGGAAGAUUUCGAAAAGAAUGUCCCAACUGCCAAUGUAUUCUCUAGAAGUAACCUCACAUGGGAAACUAUCCAGCUUGAGUAUGACAACUGGAAAUACGACGAAAUAUUAAAAGCAGUACUACCAAAAGAUAAAGAAGCUUUGUCAGCAUUUUCGAAAGUCGGUCACAUAGUACAUGUGAAUCUGAAGGAGCAUUUGCUGGAGUACAAAAGCCUCAUAGGAGAGGUGAUCAAAGACAAAGUGCCUGGCUGCAGAACGGUCGUGAACAAACUCCUUACAAUUGACAACACUUACCGUAAUUUUCAAAUGGAAAUACUAGCAGGAGAAGACAACUUUGACGUUACAGUUAAAGAGAAUGGAAUUGCUUUUGAGUUUGAUUUUUCUAAAGUGUACUGGAAUCCACGGCUCUCUACUGAACAUGAAAAAAUAGUUAAAAUGCUAAGUGCAAACGAUGUACUAGUAGAUAUAUACGCCGGAGUUGGACCGUUCAGUGUGCCUGCGGCAAAGAAAGGUUGUACUGUAAUAGCAAAUGAUUUAAAUCCAGAUUCUUAUAAAGCACUAGCAAACAACUGCAAAAAGAACAAAGUUCAAAAGCAAAUUACCUGCUUUAAUAAAGAUGGAAUUAAUUUUAUACGGGAAGAAGUUCGUCAACUAGUAAUAGAAAAAAAUAAAGAUUGCGACUUUCAAGGGAAUAUUCACAUUACUAUGAAUCUACCAGCAUUGGCAGUAGAACAUUUAGUUAAUUUCGUCGGUUUGCUUCAAACAGAGACUUUGAAAUUAAUUCAACUUCCGAUGGUGCAUUUGUACUGUUUUGCCAAGGGAAUUGAGGAUAGCAAAAUAAUUGCCCGUCACAUGGUUGAGAGUAGCAUGGGAUUCCCACUAGAUACUAAUCUAAUAGAAAUCGCUUUUGUUAGAAAUGUAUCACCAAACAAGGAUAUGAUGAGAGUUAGUUUCAAUUUAACGGAGGAAAUACUAUUUUCUACCAGGUUCAGCGAGAAACGUCCGUUAGGAGAUCACUCAGACUUUUCAGAUGAAACUAUAAAACGCCAUUGUAAUAUAAUGAACACGAAAAAUCGCAAUCAGCAAAAGCAGAUUGCAAAAAAAGCUAAAAACAUUUUUGCAGUUUCUCAAGCAAAAAAGAACAAUGUUAAAAAGGCAAAAGAGGUGUCAUCGAAGCUCAAAAAGAUAAAUGUCCACGAGAAACGAGAAAAGGUCGAUAAAAACUUUCAGAACCUUCAUUCGCAGAUAGUAACGUCAAAAAAGAGUAAGAAAAUGCCACCGAAACCAGUCGUGGAGAAAACUAAAGUACAAGCAAAUACGAAUCAUGUGGAAGCAGAGUUAGAUAAGAUGCAAAUGUAGGUCAUCAUCGGAUGAUGCAUUAAGCUACGCCAAUAGUACAUAGUGCGUACAUAUUAAUUAGGCAAUACGAACUAUGUUUAUUGAACCCUUUGGAGUGCGGGAAGAAUACAUAAUUAAAAAAUACGCAUGUCGUAUUACUCGUAUGAAUGUUCGUACCCGAACGUUAUACGAAAAUACGAAAAAACCGCGAAUAUUCCAAAAUUCGCGUAAAAAUAGUCGCGUGAAAAACAAACCGCGAAAAAAAACUGCAUAAAAAGCGACUUUAGUGUAUAUAAUUUUAUAAUACAGUAGGAUCCAAGGGCUAUCCGCGUAGUCCUACGGCAAUAAAUAUAUUAUUGUUCGAAA